AUGGACGGUACAUUUAAUCAGACGGCUCCUCUGGUUCGCUUAAUUCCAAGCAGCCACUGUUUCAGUUUUGAUCUUAAGUCGGCCACUGAUCGUUGGUCGCUUCUGUAUCUUUUUGAAAUAGUAGCCCUAUUGUUUGACCGGUCAUUUGCCUCGUCUGUUGUUAACAGUUAUUACGGCUCUUGGCCACUGUUUGCCUUCUCGCACCACUUGUUGGUGUGGUGGUCGGCAGAACAAGUUAGGCCUGGGGUUAGGUUCACAGGAUACGCUGUACUGGCUGAGUUCGCAAAGCGCUUCCUUGUUAAGGAUAUGCGGACUCAAUUACAUCGACCCUCACUGCGGUAUUCACUCUUGAAAUACAGGUACACUUCGCUUCGCUUCGUUCGUUGGGUAGAAAAGUAUGAGACUCUCCCUCGGCAGUCCCAAGGUUCCGGGUUCAAGCCUAAGACGUUCACUCCUAACUAUAAAUCAGCUGCUGCAGGGUCAUCAUCAAAGCCCAGUUCUGCGAGUCCCAAGGUUGACAUUGCCGCCAUCGAGGAGGCAACCUCUGGUAAAGAAAAGAGAAAACGGGGUGCCGUGAACCCGUGGUCAAUUCCACUGUCCAAGAUAUUUUCGAAGUGCCGAAGAGUCGGGCUUCUUGAUUCUGUUAAACCGGUUGUUCCACCUGCUCCUGAAUACAAGAAAAAUUUCUGCUCCUACUAUGUCUUGGGGGGACAUACUACCGAUGAAUGCGGAGGUCUGAUCCGUGAGAUUAAGCAGCUUAUCAAGGAUGAUCGGUUCGGGAAUCAAGUGAAUAUGGUGCAGUCGGGUUUGCCCGAGAACUUUGUAUUAGACCAAAUCUGUGGGGCUAAUGAGACUGUGAAGGUGGGAGCGGUGUCUGCUUCAGCUAAUAAGGUUCAGAAAAUCCGAUUUCCAGACAUUGAGUCGGAAGAUGAGGAGAUUCAGUUUGUGCCCAAGGCAGUCUCUGAGCAGGCAGUAAAAAACAAGGCAACUCGGAUCAGUUUAACCGAUUGUGAUUCUGAGGAAGAGGGCUUUAUCAAUUUUCAUGAACAACCUAAGUGGCCAGUGGUGUCGAAGAUUGCCGGCACUUUUCUCAGCACAGCCGAUGGACAAGUCAAUAACCUAACCCGCAGUGGUAGGCUCGAUAUAAUUGACCUCAACGAACGAAGCGAAGCGAAUCAGUCUGUGCAGAAUCAGUCAAGUGGUAAAGCGGUUCAGGGACAACAGCCGGGGCAGCCGGCCAGAUCUUCAGCGCAAGUUUCAGUUCCAUCAGCUCCUGUAGCAGCUCAGUUGCCCUCUCCUGUCAAGGUGGAUGAUCCUGUUGUUGAUCAGUUAAAGAAAACCCCUGCUCGGGUUAGUAUAUGGCAGUUAUUGAUGGAGUCUGCGCCCGUCACCGGGGUGACUGCGGAUGAGGUAGUGGAUCCAGCUCAGAAAACGCCGGUGAUAACAUUUUCUGAUGCUGACCUGCCGCCCGGCACAACAAAGCUCUCUUUGAACAUAUGUCCGUUGAAGAUUCUGCCCUAUUUAAGUCUGACUGAAGAUAUGCUGCAAAAGUCUGCUACUGUCAUCCGUGCUUAUGACGACAGUAAGCGAUCUGUUUUGGGAACCUUUGAAACGGAUGUGGAGGUUCAAGGAAUCAAAUCCAAGGUCAUGUUCACUGUCAUUGACAUCCCACGGUUGGUGCGAAGCGAGAGGGAGCGAGAUCAACGGGAGAGGGUCGACUUGAGUCGACUGUACAAACUUUUCGAAGCGAAGUGA